AUGGAUCCCUCUUCACCCCCGCGGCCAACGCGAUGGGCAGAGCGCUUGCUCAGAACACACGACAGGUCUCAGACCGCCGUCGACGACGACGACAACUUGAUGGCAGACAUGGCUGAACAGCUCCCAGUCGUAGUCUCUGCCCCUGCACGACCAUUCAGCCUUCGUCAUAACCGUCGCUUGCGCUCUGUCCAUACACGAGAUCGUCCCAGCAGCGAUCAGCGCGGCUUGCUCGAAUACUUCACCUCCCAGAGUGACCAGCGGCCCACCCACCUCUCUGCUUCAGCAUCACCAUCACCAUCACCAUCACUGAGAAGUAGUGCCAGGAGCUUCCUCGGUGGUCGCGCUCAGCCUCCAGUCCAACGCGACUUCACUGCAGUUUCUUCUUCGUCUUCCCGUGGUCCGCAGCAAGGCCCUCCUCAGAUUACCAGCCAACUCCACUCACCUCCCUUCUCACCCUUCGUCGAUUCAUGGGACCAGAGUGAGCAAAGCCUGGAAUCGAGAAUCUCUGUUCCAUCUGGCUCCUUUUCCGCCUCAAGAACACGUGUUUCCGCUUCCGGUGACAGUGAGUUCCAUAGUAUAUUCUACCCAUCUAGUAGUACGAAUCGCUCUGUUGACGACAUGAACGCCAAUUUCGGCUCCCACCACCCCAAUAACCGCACCACACCUCGUGACCAGAGGCGAUGUUCUCGGGAAAGAAAUGACGACAACGCGGGCGAUCAGUUUGCGAAAGCGCUCUCGACCAAGGGGGCUAUUGCAGUCAUGUCAUAUAAUAGCAUAGCCCCCAACACAGAUGCAAAUGACAUUUGGCCGGAUUGUCGGAGCGCUACAAAGUUACCCGCCCACUAUUACAUGCUUAACAGAAACAAUCCGUCCCCGUCCGAUUCAUGCGGGAAACGAAAUAGCAAGGAUGCGGAGAGAGAGUCGGAAGCAGCCGCUUCAACGCCACCCAAUGACAACGACCGAGCCUCUGCAAAACUUGAGGGUCGUCCCAAAUGGAAUCUCCCUGUUGAACUAGUCGAGAUAAUUGCUAGCCAUCUCAACCGCGACGAUAUCCAAGCUUUGCGUCUCGUCAGUCAAGAGCUGAACCGUUAUGUCUCGCAGGUCAUUUUCAAGACAGUGGUAGUUCCUUUUAACACGGAAAUCUAUGGCAUGCUUGAACCAGAGCCGAAGCCAGACCUCAAGGGCAAAAAGAGGGCCAGGGUUGACAAACCGGGCUACUCCUGGAAGAAUGCCAAUGGCGACGAGGUAUACAAUGGCCAUGGCCUAGAUGUAUUCAGAGGAUUUGGAAAACAUAUUCGAAAAUACGGCAUGAGUUUUGAAGUGGACGAACAGACCCUCGCAACGCCGCCAGCAAAGACGAUGACCGAGAGCAAGACUACAUUUUGGGGUCGAUAUGACUGGCCAUUUGAAGAAUAUCGCCGCUUCGAUGCAGUGGCUGGCUUGGAGACUGCCGCUGAUGAAACGCCACGUAUGAAAAUCGCGUUUUCAGAGCUAUGCAAUGUCCGAGAACUCGCACUAUCCGUCGACGGCGGUCUCGGCUGGUUGAAUGGUCCAGAUCGAUCCAUUCGUGCACGCAUCUUGAGCAGGCCACAUCCAGUCUUUGGCAACAGCAAAGCCGUGCCCGAUCGACGAGUUCAGGCUCAGCACGAACUCUGGGACGCUCUGAAAGCAUGUCAUGAGCAGGCUAAUAGCGACAUACGGUUGGCAACGCUCUAUAGGCUGGACAGCCCACGCGCCUGGUCCGAGCUGAAAGAGCUUACUAUGCUGGCGGACCACCAACCCGCGUUGCCAUACAUGGAUACACGUCUGAUCCAUGAAGCUCUGCCACAUGAUACUGCCGAAGGAAACAUCUCUACGUCUUGUGACGAAGCGGGAGACCUCGAUCAUCUAGUUCUGCCUCCUUCGACCAACAGUACAGGAAUCUUGUUCACGUCCAACUUUACGCCGACAGAUGGCGGACAGGCUAUGAGUCCAGUGGUGCCAGCCAAUCUUACCAAAGCACAAAAGGAGUGGUUACUCGAGUCCGAAUGGGCACAACGCGCCUUCAUGUCAUCCUACAUGCUCUCGAUUAUCGACAAUCCGACCACUUUUUGUGCUGUAAAUACCUUGACGAUUUCCCGACUGUCAGACCGCUAUCUGUCCGCGCUGGACAGACCUGACUUCUGGGCAGCUUUGCCAUGUCUGGCCAAUGUCGUCCUUAUGGUCUUGCCGAGCUGGAGAACUGUUCACAAGGACGAGGCGGGGUUUGUGGAGACGCCGAGUGUCAAUCCUACGUUAGGUGUCGAUCGGUUCCACCACAUGUUGCGUACUCAAGUCGCGACAUGCCCAAUGAUCAAAAACCUGACUAUCGGUUGGGUGACCGGUGGAGAGCAUGAGGAAGGGCUCCAUGGACGAAAUAAACUCCUGCUACCCUCCCCUCUCAUGCAACUCGGAGCUGAUCGAGAGAGCGAUGCAGCCUUCACAUCUGAAUUGCUUGUUGCAACCAAUGCGCAGCGGCUCGGACCAGCAACUCUUCAUCUGCCUGCAGUUGAGAAACUGACAUUGAAGAAUUGCUGGGUUACACCACCAGCACUGCUGCAUUUUAUCAAAGUCCACGACUUCUACAGCCUCAAGCACUUGACAUUGGAAUCUGUUUCUCUGACAGCCAUGUUAAGGCCCCUAGCAAACGCAGGACAAGCUCCUCCAGCACCGGUGAUUGCUAAUGCAAACCUGGGCCCCCUUCCUGUUCCAGCUAUGUGGAAUAUGAUGCACAACCAUGGAAAUGGCGGUGGCCAGGCGACACCUCAGGUACCGGCGCACAUACCCGCUAAUCAGCAGCAAUUCUUCCAGAUAUAUGUCCAAACUCUUCAGCUCCAAUUACAACAGCUGCAAGCCAAUGCGGGAGGUCAUCAGCAACAGACACAGAUCACGGCCCUUCAGACACAAUUGCAACAGCAAGUACAGCAGCAGCAGCAGCAGCAGAACCCGCCGACACUCACCCACUCUGCUCAACACGCCCCCCAUGGACCAUUUGGCCAGCUCCAAGCUCCGCACCCCCCACAAGCCUUUCCCAUGCUCACUGUCAACAGUAACAUUGCUAUGAUGAACCUCGCCAUGCAGGUACAGGCCAUGCAGCAACAGGUCAAUGUGGUGCAAGGGCCGCCUCCACCAAUAACAAACGCCCAUCAGCACACCACUCCUCGUUCGGCUCUGGGGGCUAAAGCACGUAUGGGUUCUUGGAUGGACAUCAUUGAUCAGAUCUCCCCUGGGCCAAAUCUUUCCGACUUUGGUUCCGAGCACUCGCAAGCCGAUCCUCAGCGGACUACCUCACUCCAGAACAUCGAGUUCAUAUCUUGUGGCUACGCAAGGUUGCCUCAUGCCGCACUGGAGCAGAACGAAAUCGGAAAUGACAACGUCCUGGCUGCCGCCACUGCGAAUACCCCCAUCUUUCAAAAGCGCCAUGUUGCUCUCGACCCAGCCAUGCUCAGCUCUAAAUGGGCCCACCUCGGCGAAAUCGUUCAGAUGGUCAACCAAGAUGAACUUGCUGCGCUCGAGGCCGGCUGGAAUCUUCGAACUGGGUGGGAGGAUACAGAAGCAGCGAAGGCAGCGGAGUUCGAUGGCUUACUUCCCGGCGGUACAGGACGCUUCACUGGUAUCAUACGUCGCUCGGAUAGGGCGGCUGAUCAGGCUUCUGCAACGGUUGAAGGCCUCUUUCCAUUCCUUGCGGCACUGGCACUGCCAGAUUGA